AUGAGAGUAGCUCUACUUCUGGGCUUUGUCUUUGGCCUUCUCGCGCUAGGCUCUGCUGCCUUGACCGUCCCUCGCACUUCCCCGCCAUCAGGGUCAGUCGUAGUCAGGGCUAGCUCUACCAGAUCUGGAGAAUAUGCAACUGUCGAAGCAGCCGCAAGCUCCUUGCCGAAUGAUAAUUCUACCCAGCGUAUAUUUAUCUACCCCGGGACGUACGUCGGACAAGUAAACAUAUCCAGACCGGGCCCUACCUAUCUUUAUGGAUACACAACAGACGCCUCUUCGUACCACAACAACGUAGUCAACAUCAUUGCCAAUGGUACCCUCACUUCAGCUGGGUCGGACGAUAACAGUGGAUCGCUCCGUGUCCACUCCAAUGACGUGCGUAUGUACAAUAUCAACGUCAAGAACACCUACGGCCCUGGUGUUCAAGCCAUCGCACUAAGCAACUACGGCAGUCGUGUCGGUGCUUACGGGUGCGGAUUUUACGGGUACCAGGAUACGCUCUACGCAAACCAAGGGACCCAGAUCUACCUGAAAUCAUACAUUGAGGGAGCAGUAGACUUCAUAUUUGGUCGCCUCGGUCAAGCGUACUUCGAAGGCAACACCGUCGCAGUGUCCGGUUAUGGAUGCAUAACUGCGUCGGGUAGGCAGGCCAACAAUUCCGCAGUUUAUGUCUUCAAUAGAAACGAGAUUGUCCUGGCCGCGGACGCAGAGAGCGGUAUCGCAGGCAGGAUAUUCCUUGGAAGACCUUGGGCAGGUGCGUAAGUAAUCUUCAAGUCGACUUACAUAACCGCACCCCUCAACAACACCAUCUGGUCUAUUUGGAAUCCAGGAGACGAGCGCACCGACCACGUCCUCUUCGCUGAAUACAAUUCCACAGGGCCAGGCAUCCCCGCCGACGUCCAGAGGCCGAGCUUCGCCACAAUGCUCACUCAGGCAGAGGCCGCACAGUGGAAUAUCACCAGUGUAAUCGGAAGCGGAUGGGAGGAGUGGGUGGAUCCAGCCUACCUGAUC